ACCUGGCUUUCCUCAGGCAGCGCCUGCCCCAUCUCUUCCAGGGGGUCGCAGCCCCUCCAGCAGUACUGACAGCAGUUUGCAUGGCAGCCACAGCAGCUCAAAGGGGCCUCGAUUCCCCAGCGGUGCCCAGCGACCCUGCUGGGAAGGAGCCUUUGCUGGGAAACGAGCUGCAAGGCCUCUCGGGAGGUGUCAGCCCUAAAAGCGGGCAGAAUCUGCUGGAGCUGGAGAGGAGCUGUCUGUCGGGGGUAGGGAGCACUCGGGUUAGAGGGCACUAAGCGUGGCAUAAAGCCUGGCUUCACCCCGGGGCGUUGCGGUGACAGACAGAGCAGUCAGACAUGUUCCUGGAAAUCAAAAUGAUAAAAUAUUAGGCUAUCUCAGAGAUUACUCAUGAAGAAUCCACUGCAGCUGCUUUUAAAGAUAACCUAUCAGCAGAGUGCCUCUUUAGCAAAAUGUUUUCAUGGGGGUGUGGAUGUUUUAACAUCAUCUGCUUAUAGCCUGAAAUUCUGUUCCUCAGAAGGCUGGGAAUUAGACAGGAAAGGGAGGAGAGAAUGAGGAUGCUUCCAGGGACAAAGCUCAUCGUCCUGCUCCUGUCUCUUGCAGUAGAGGACACCCUCAGCCUGCUUGCAACAAAGAAGACAACUUGCUGUUCCACAAACCUCUUGCUCUGGGUCCUGGUGCUCUCUGCGAGCACGCUGAGUAAAGUGAAAUUCAUGUCUGAGGACCAGUUAUUGGGGCAGGAUGGAGAGCUUGGGCUUGCAAGCAGUGACCCUUAGUGACGGGACGACAGCCUACAUUCAGCAGGCUGUCAAAGGUGAAAAGCUGAUUGAAGGGCAAGUCAUUGAACUUGAAGAUGGGACCACAGCUUAUAUCCAUCAGGUGACAGUUCAGAAAGAGUCUGUGGCUUUUGAAGACGGUCAGCCAGUGGUGUUGGAAGAUGGCAGCAUGGCCUACAUACACAACACGGCUAAAGAAAGUUAUGACCCCAGCACCUUUGAGGCCAUCCAGCUGGAGGAUGGCUCCACUGCCUACAUACAUCGUCCUGUUAUCAUGCCACCUGGCAGCACCAUCCUGGAAGUGCAGGCAGAAUCUGGGCUAGAGGAGUUGGCUGGAGAGGAGGCAGACGAUGCCUUUGAUGUUGAGACCAUUAAUGCAUUAAAGCAGUACGCCAGUAAGGUGUCUGACGAGGAAGAGGAGGGAGUGACAGACACCUGCCGUAUGAAGAGUGAGGACUCCAGCAACAUCCCUUCCCAGGAUUUGCAGGAGGAGGAAGUGCACAGCAAUGAGAAGGGGCAGCAGGCUGGCAGUAGAGCUUUCCGUUGUGGGUACAAAGGCUGUGGCCGCCUCUACACCACUGCCCACCAUCUAAAGGUACAUGAACGUGCUCACACAGGUGACCGGCCAUAUACAUGCGACUUCCCAGGCUGUGGGAAAGCAUUUGCUACAGGGUAUGGGCUGAAGAGCCAUGUGAGAACACAUACUGGUGAGAAACCAUACAAGUGUCCAGAAGACGUGUGUAGCAAAGCCUUCAAAACAUCUGGCGAUCUACAGAAACACAUCCGGACACACACAGGUGAGCGUCCCUUCAAGUGCCCCUUUGUGGGCUGUGGCCGCUCCUUUACCACAUCCAACAUCCGCAAGGUUCACAUCCGAACGCAUACAGGCGAGCGGCCAUACAUGUGUCCGGAGCCCAACUGCGGAAGGGGCUUCACCAGUGCCACCAAUUACAAGAACCACAUGAGAAUCCACACAGGAGAGAAGCCGUACAUGUGCACUGUGCCAGGCUGUGGAAAGCGCUUCACUGAGUAUUCCAGCCUCUACAAGCACCACGUGGUCCACACGCACUGCAAGCCCUACACCUGCAAUAGUUGUGGGAAGACCUACCGCCAGACCUCCACACUGGCCAUGCACAAGCGCAGCAGCCACGGCGAGCUGGAGGCCACGGAGGAGAGCGAACAGGCCCUCUACGAACAGCAGCAGCUGGAGGCUGCUGCUGCUGACAGAGACUCUCCUAUGAAAAGCCAGCAUAUUGCUUUCCUGUCAGAGAUGGAGGAAGAUGAAGAGGAGGAGGAAGAUGGUAUGCCUACGCAGGUCUCGCUUAUCGAUCAAGAUGGGACAGAGCAGGUCAGUUUGUCACAGGAAGACCUGCAGGCCCUGGGCAGUGCAAUCAGCAUGGUGACGCAAAGCGGUGCCCUCGCCGUGCCUGAGGAAGAGCUGGCGGGUGAUGACACACACACCGUGACUGUGGCCAACACUGCUGGCACUGAGACGCAGCCGGUUACCAUAGUCACUUCUGGAGCAGUAGUGUCUGAAGAAUCAGCCAUCACAUCCCUCCGUCAUCAGCAGGUGGCAUUGCUGGCUACUGCCAACGGCACCCACAUUGCAGUGCAGCUAGAAGAACAGCAGAGCCUGGAGGAAGCCAUCAGCAUGGCUGCAGCAGCAAUCCAGCAUGAACCUGUAACACUUGAGGCAGCCAUCUCUGAGAAUGGGUGCUGAGACCCUGCAGAGCCUCCCGGGCAGGGAGAGCCGGCAGCCCGAGCCUGUUCUCUACGGGGGCGUCGGGAGCAGCAGGAACUGGGCCAGCUGGCGCACAGAAGAGGUGCGGUACACGAGCGAGGGAAGGUGUCCAAGACCAGCGGCCAGCGAGUGCACUGCACAGGCGAUGAGAGCUGGUGCCAGCAGCACUGGGCUACUGGAGUGACGCUGUUCGAAGGGCUCUUCUCUCCAUGGAGGGAUGUCAGACUCUUGGCUGCUGCCUUCUCCUGGAGGCUCUGCUGUUUUCCUGGGCUCUGAGCAGCAAUUUCCCUGCUCCUUGCCUUGGGCACUGACUCCCUCUGUCUGGAGGAGAUGGCAGAUUGUGUCUUCUAGUAUUUAUUUCUUCAUGGCUGAGAUCUCCAAGACCUGUGAAUCUUCUGCAGCAGGGGUGGAGCCACAGAGAUUUCAGCAGUCUCUGGGAGUACAAAAUUUUUUUGGAGAGGCACUUCCUGCCUUCUCCCUCUAGGAAUGGUCCAACAGCUCCCCUUUCCUGCCCACCCCUCCAGGUAAGGGACAAGCGGGCAGCAUAUGCACAGAAGCAAUAAAGCCCCAUCAAAGCAAGCCCAGGCUGUCCUGGGCUCAGCGUCUGGAGCAGUGACCAGUUCCUGAUGCUGGAGUGAGCGCCCGGAUGGGCUCCGACAGUAAUUCUCCCAUCUCUUUAUCACAUUCUGCUCUCAAGCAAACUUUGUUGGCAGACUCAGCACUGUGGAGCAGAGCAAAGCACUCCCUCCUCUGAAGUCAAACAGCACUUGUUGGGGGCUGA